UGUACAUUUACCAGAGCCUGAACACAACUAUGUAUAUAAAGGUUAGGUGAACGCUCAUUUGACUGAACCUUGUCCGUAUAGCCCGGAGUGGGCUGGAAGCUUCCACAAGCCGGAAGAACACAACCAGCGAGGAGGGGAUGGAAAUAGACUGCCAGCCCGAGGAGCCCAUUGUCUCUUCAUUUGAUGAGGACUGUGUUGAGCUUGGUGACGUCAAGGACAUGAGAUUGGAGGCAGAAGCAGUGGUCAAUGACGUACUCUUCGCCGUCACUGAAAUGCACGUGUCACAAAGUCUCAACAGUGCGUUGGAUGUGGCGUACAUAAAUGUGGAAACAAGAGAGGGAAAUCGGUAUUGUCUUGAGCUCACAGAGGCAGGACUGAGGGUGGUGGGCUAUGCUUUCGAUCAAGUGGACGAAGAUUUGAGCAACCAGUAUCAUGAGACAGUUUACUCCCUUCUGGACACACUGAGUCCGGGAUACAGAGAAGCCUUUGGGAAUGCUUUGCUCCAGCGGCUGGAAAGGCUGAAGCAAAACGGACGAUAGAAGAAAGCGACCAAGAUGCUGCAUAAGUUAUACAAGUGAAACAGGGGCUGACGAUGUAGGUGUAUUUGGCUAUGUGCCACUGAUAACCAAGUCUGGUCAAAUAUUAUAGCCUCUCAUGUGACGUCCACCUGCCUAGCUACCACUACAAUAAGGGGUACCCUGCCCUAUCAACUUUGCUUUGUUAUGAGUUUCAUACCAUUGACUGACUCCAUGUUUGAUACUCCACUUCAGUGACUGCUAGGGAUUGGCUGUAUGGGAUGUGUUGCAACAUCGUGUUGUUGACUUUAACUGUGGAAAGAUCUUCCAGCUUCCUCCAUGUUACAAAUUUGUAACUGAACAUUGUUCAAGAAAUCCGCACUUUUUGUACUCAUCAAAAUGAUCUGAGAAAGAAGCAGCAAGUUGUAUUGAUAGUAAUUCAGUUUCCCCCUCUGCCCUGCUUGCACUAAAGCUGUGACCUGAUGACUGAUAUCUGCUCAAAUAUACUCAACUAGUUCUCAUUCAGCAGGAGUCUCAGUGAAAGAGCCAAAGCUGUACUCUGUAACUCAUAUUGCCUUAAUGACUGACUUUUGGUUAGAAAAGUACAAAAAUUAACCCAUUUACUUACGUUUUACUUAUUUUGUGUUGGAGAUAAUGGUAUUUUGUGGGGUUGUUCUUUCACACAGAUAAGUCAGAAACAAAACUAAUUUGAAGGUUCUGGUUAUGUUAUAGACUAAACGGACACUGUAUUCAGUAUUAAUUGUAAAGUUUGUGUUUGGAUGUUAGUUUUUUUCCCCUCCAUACUGCAGUGCAUUGCAUCUCAAGCUUGCAUUCCUGACUAUAGCUAGCCUUGUGGAGGUUUAAGUAUAUUCUUUUGUUGUAAGCUUGUUCUCCAACAGCAUUUGCUUCUAUUCAGGGAGGACUUCUUGCUUUAAGUUGAUGUUGGUUUACUGUACUUGUGACCUGGUUACGAUCCCACGUCGGUCUUACAAAAUCUACUUUAAUAGAACUUGUUCUCUUUCCAUACAUACUGUUAUUCCUUGCUGCUGGCCUUUGCUCAGACUAAUAAAAUCUCAGAAGUAUUUCAAGGCUUCUUUUUAUGUCCCCAGUAAAGUGUUUUGCUCAUUUUAAGGCUGUUAUUCAUCUAAAAGCCUUUCCACCACCAGGUGUUGAAAACCUGGGAUGAGCAGUAUUACCAUCAGCGACAUUGAAUCAGAGGCAGACUUUAUCCGAGUACAGCGACAAGUGACUGACAGCUAUGUAACAAGCUAAAAAACAGCUGCGAGUCCUUUUAGCACAAAAUUUACUAAAAAGACACUUAAACAACUUGGGUUACUCGUGUCAGAUUCACAUAUAGUGCGACUUGGGUACACAUUAGAUUUCUUUAUUAGAAUUUACUUUUCAUAUGUAGCACAAGGUCAGUAAGAAAUAUUACAAAAUUAGAAGUAAAGAAAAAGUACAGCAUGUACCUUUUCUGACUACACAGCAGCCAGUGAGCCAAGACAUUUGCAUUGUAGUGGAAUGUAAUUAAGCCAGGGUCAUUUACAAACAUUAACCCGCAUUAUUUCACAUCCACAACUCUUAAAAAUCGACUGUUAGGCAAUUCAUAGUGAAAAUCAACCUCUCAUUUGUUUCAGUAAGAUUUAAGAUGUGUGUGAGGCAAAGUCUUGCAAACUAGUGAAACACAUACAUCUUAAAAACAAACAAAAAAAAAAAUCAACUUGAUGAAUGAAUAAAAUGAGAUCUUAACUAGAAUCAUUAACUUUUUUUUUUUUUUUUUU